AUGGCGUCUGCGUCGCCUUUGAGGACGAUGGCAACAAACACCUGUUCGCCUCCUCUGGUCCGGCCAGUCUUGUCUACCAGAGCCUCGACCACUUCCAGGACAAGCAGCAUCCCUAGCACUCCUCUCGAUGAAAUACCCGAGAAAUUGUGGCCACGAGUCCUUCGCACUACUACUGCCACCGAGACCAGCAACCCCGAGCUUUCGAUUGACGAAAUUACCUCCACAAGGCUGUCCCUCGAUGACCAGGCCAUCUUGACAAAUAUGCCCAGAGAGAGUAGUCGAAAAGAGGCACGAUCUCGCAAGCUUGCCAUGAAGAUGGGAUUUGGUGGCAUGUGGGGAGAAAAUAAUGACCGACUCAAGAAAAUGACAAAGAGGCUGAGGAAAAUUCCAACUGGUCUGUUUGCACGCAAAGAGCGAGGAUCGCUUGAGACAUUGGCACAUCCAACAAGUCAUGCACAACCCGUUCCAGGGCCUUCGCUACCACAAUUAGACCUCCCAACAGAACUUUGUGUCCAGACCACCUGCACAUUGUCAAACGUGGAAGGCUGUGACGAGGGCGGGUCCAACGCAGCCUUGAUGGAUUACGAUUGCAAUCCCAAGGAGUCAGAGUCACGUCAGGAAGAGAUGGCAAAGAUAUCCUCUCUUAUCCGCAAAGAUCUUCAUGAAGCUACAAUUAAAGACCGUACUCUACCGUCUUCGUGUUCUGGAAACCCCGAGCGUCUACCUCGUCACUUCACGCAGCCUCCCACCUAUGUUUACGCUGCCUCCACCUCGACGGUCAACUCGAUUCAUAAUGCCGAAGACCUCUUGCUGCAUGGUCCACGCUCAUUGAAGGCAUUCUCUCGUCAAGCUGUCACGAGGGCCUCCUCCGUUGGGAGCGUGGAAGAGAUGCGCAGUCACGCCUUUGGAAACCGAAGAGUCAGUCGACCGAGCUUGUCUGGUGGAUCGGCCAGGCACAACUCUGCUCCCAGUAUCGGCCGGACAUCGCAAUCGACCUCUCGGCCUGUCACUCAUGCAGGAUCAAUAUCAUCAGUAAGCGCCACCAUAGUCCCUCCACGGAGACCUGUUGUGUACAUGGACGUGCCCAGCUCGUGUUCUGAAUUCAUUUGGAGUGGCCAUGAUACGAAGAAGCGCCCCUCAGCGUCCUCUACAGUGCGGCCUGUGUCCAAAGGGGCCUCCGUUCGCAGCAGCCAAGAUGGUCGUGCGAGUUUAUCUUUGAGCCUGUCUCCGGAGGUCGAAAUCGGUCUGGGGGAGUUGCCCGGUUACAACAAGGUGCCGCUCUUUGUCCCCAAGAGGAUUGAACCGACAGAAUUUGCUGGAAUCUCAUCACUCGACGAGGCAGCUGAGUACAAACAGAGGUUUUUCCUUCGUUCUGAGCUAAAGAACUCGAAUCCAACCAUUUCAGACGUCUCAUUCGCAUCGCUGCAAGGUCAAACUUCCAUCCGGUCACAUCUUGAAAGAGAAGCUAUGGUUCAAGAACAAGACAGCGACUCUGAGACGCGUCCACCCAUGGGCGGUUGCGAGAAACUCUCCAGAGUCUUCUCUAGUGCUUGGUCUGAGACCACUACCCGACGUUGGCAAAAGGGGUACAAGCGGCACUGUCUGUAG